AUCUUUUUAUUUUUUUCCAAUACGAUGAUGUAAAACACCAAAUUGAAAGCGCUUAACCCGAAAGAGUAGUGUACCAAACGGCACGAGGAACAAACAGUUUAUAUUUUAUUUAAUGCUACACAAAAACGGGUAUACAGCCAACUUAACACGGGACUCCAAUAAACUUUCUUUUUUUUUCUUUUUAGUGUUUCUUUUUUUUAAUUUUUAGUUUCUUCAUCUCUCUCUCACCAAAAAAGACAAUGACACCUCGAUCUCGAAAGAAUGCUGUGUCGAACUUUAACGUUAUGGUUGUUGGUUUCUCAGGAGUAGGAAAGACCUCCUUUGUUCGCACUUUAUUAGAAACACUCUUGUUAGAAGAACAAGUAGAAGAUACCCCAUCGAAAAAGAGACGUGAUUCAUUUAUGAGCGAAAACUCCUCAGUAUAUGUGCACGAAGAACAACAGUUACAAGGCCCAAUCGAAAAGACACUUACACCAUAUACUAUCUCUAGAGAGAUAGAAGUAGAUAGAGAAAGAAUCGUCCUGACUAUCAUAGAUACACCAGGAUUUCAACAAGAAUACCUAGUUGAUAAACAACUCCACGAUAUAACAAAAUAUAUUGAACACCAAUUUGAUUUGACAUUGGCAGAGGAAUCAAAGGUUAAGCGUAACCCUAAAGCGGUUGACACUCAAGUCCACUGUUGUCUCUAUUUUAUUGAUCCCAAAAAAUCAGCUUUAGACGAGUUUGAUAUUAGAAUUUUAAAAAGAUUAUCAAAUCGUGUAAAUGUCAUUCCUAUUAUCGGAAAAGCAGACCAUUUGACUUUAGCUCAAAGGAACAGAUUGAAGCCUUCCAUCAUCAAAGAUAUCUACACAAAUUACAAGAUUCCUAUCUAUGGUAUGCCAGAUGAAGAUUUGGACGAGGAAGACGAUGAGGAAGAGGAGGAGGAAGAAAAGGAAAAGAUUAAAGCACCACAAUCACUCGAUGAUUUCCUUUCUCAAUUUGAUUAUGAAAAAGAAGAUAAUGAUACUCAGUCCGUGUUAGAUUACCUUCGAAUCAUUCCUUUUACAUUCAUUUCUUAUGAAGAUGAGCCAGAAACUGGUAAGCCUAUUCAGUUGGACAAUGACAUCAAAUUGGGUCGUGAUUUUGGUUGGGGAUCAAUUGACUGUCUGGGCGAAAAAUAUUCGGAUUUUGUUAAACUCAAGCAUGUUUUGUUAUCCACUCACCGCCGUUACUUGAAAUUGGACACCGUGGAAAGAUACUAUGAACAAUAUCGUACAGAAAGACUGAUGUAUAAAAGAGCUACUAAAAUAGGCUUACCCACCCAAUAAUAAUAAAUAAUAUAAAAUGGUUUUUUGACAGGUUUUCAAAAAUAAUACUUAUUGUUUACAACCAG